AUGGUUUGGCAUUCAUUCAUGCUGAACCCCCAUGCCUAUGCCGAGUUCUGUACGAUCACCCGCCCCGGUGGGGCCGGUGAUGGUGGGAUUCCAUGGCUACCAGUUGAUCUAUCACCCGAUCUCCUCGAGUCUCUGAAGGCACAAGUCAAAACGCACCCCGACGUUCUCGAGCUUCUCUCUGCCGAAAUCGAUCACACCGAGACAGUGCUUUCAAAACAAGCUCUCCGAUUCUCACCGUCUGUUCUUGACCUAGCAGCUGCGGUCCACCGGCAAGCAGCUUUCGCUCGCAAAAUGACGAGAUUUGGUUGGAUACGCAGCCCUAAUGUCGAUUCUAUGCUAGGCCGCGCAAUAUCUCGGUACCGCAACUUCUUUUCUCUUUUCGCCGUGGCAAACCAUGCCACUGUUCCUACCAUUGACAUUGACCUAGUUUGGCACACACACCAACUCUCGCCAGCUCAAUACACCCUCUACUCUGAGAAGGCCGCUCAGGGCCGUUUCAUCAACCACAACGAUAACAUCGAGCAAGCCGAUAUUCUCUCUGCCUUCCAGAGCACAAGAGCACUGUAUCAACGUGUUUUUGGCGAAGAAUACGUUGUCUGCAACAGCUGGUUCUGCGAAGCGGCUCGCUCGAAGCCCACUGACAGCGGUGCCAUUUCAGAGUCUCGAUUGACGGCCCUUCAAAGCCUCAUCAAAGAAUCAAGCUUGCGCUCACCGGUUCAACUUGACCUAGCUGAAUGUGAUUGCCACAAAGUUGGAAUACAUGGUGCACGGGGAGGAGCUGACAGGGCAGUUGCUAGUUGCGGAGACUGUAAUAGUAGCUGCAAUGCUUCAUAA